CGUAACUUCGACGUUUAAACAGAACGCUAGCAACGAUCUAAACUAGCAGUAAACAAACACGCAGAGAGAAUGUUUCGGAAUUUUUACGCAGAACAGAAAAUGGCAGACCCUAGAGACAGUUGGUAUAAACCAAACCUGCUUUACAAUAUUCAUUACAGACCACCUAAUCCAUCAACGCAUCCAAAGAUGAUUGUAGUCACAAAGGAGUUCAACCCUAGUGUAUGUACCUGCGGUGAACAUGGGUGUGCACCACAUUACAGAAUGGAGAGGGAAGUUGUUUGGUCAAGUAAGAAGGUUACUAACGAGGCAGAUAGGGAGCUAAAGGAAGAUGUUCAAGCUGAGAGAAGCGUCGAGGCGAAAAGGGAGCUAAAGGAAGAUAUUCAAGCUGAGAGAAAUGUCAAGGCGAAUAGGGAGCUAAAGGAAGAUAUUCAAGCUGAGAGAAGUGUCAAGGCGAUUUGGGAGCUAAAGGAAGAUAUUCAAGCUGAGAGAAUUAUGAAGGCGCAUAGGAAGCUAAAGGCAGAUAUUCAAGCUGAGAGAAGUGCCAAGGCGCACUGGGAGCUAAAGGAAGGUAUUCAAGCUGAGAAAAGUGCCAAGGCGCACAGGAAGCUAAAGGAAGAUAUUCUAGCUGAGAGAAGUGCCAUAUAUGAUGAUAGUAGCGAAGAUGAUAUUGAUGACGCAGGUCCUAAAAGCAAAGAUGGCGGAGAAUGGAAGAUGAAUACUGAUACCAAAAGUGGAUGCAGUGACAUAGUUGGCGUUUCCAACAGCUUUCCUAGACUGGAUGAUCUUCCACAGCACGAUAUACCAGAUGCUGACGUAUUAGACACAACCGAUACUUCUGUUAGACUGAAGGUGGCAGAUUUCGAAGACUUUGGUUCAGCUUUUGGCAUCAUGAGUGUGUACUGUGACAGUGAACUACAUACAUUAAUUAAAUCAAAUUAUUAUUUGUAAUUACUGAAGGUAUACAAUCUAAAAUAAUUUGAUAAAAUUGUACUCAGCUGGUCUAAUUUUUUAUUUAUUUUAUGAAUAUAUGAUACAUAUACUACGUUUUUAAGGUGUCCUGAUUAGAAUGUAAUUUCGAGACAACAUCUUUUCGACACAUUUAGUUUUAUAUAAGCUAUAUACAUUAUGUAACUUUUCUGUGACGUGAACUUCAGAUAUACAUAUAAAUUCAAUGUCGUGUUUUUUCUUCUUUUCUGUUUCAGGAACUGGAGUGAUAAGUUCGCGGAGUGAAGCAUUUUGUGAAAUAUUACAGACGAUUAUUUAUCAAACUAUUUUGUUUACCUUUUUUACGUUAAAAUAAAAGUUCCUAUUUUUAGGCAGUCUAUUUUCAGUUGACCCAGUCUGACCAUUUUAUGUAAUCAAGAUACUUAUCUGGAACGCUCUGGAUGUCUUUUCUUAAAAAUGAUUAAUGAAAUGUCGGUUUAAUAACUACCUUAUGGAAGUAUAUGCAUAGGUC